UUGAACUUUAGGGGUAAGAUAGAUAUCUUAUAAAAUGUCGAAGCGCCAUCGUCUGGACAUCGGGGACGACCGGAAGAAACGAUCGGACCGUGACAGAGAUGAUGACAGAAGACGAGAUGAGCGUGAUCGGAAAUAUCGCCGAGAUGAAAAAACUUCAUCCAAGCUGGUGUCGCCUGCGCAGGUACCCACCAACCCUCUUACUGGGUUACCAUUCACACAGAAAUAUUACGAUAUAUUGAAGAAGAGGUUGGGCCUCCCUGUGUGGGAAUACAAGGAGGAGUUCAUGAUGUUGUUGGCCAAACAUCAAACUAUCGUGUUGGUUGGGGAGACUGGCUCAGGGAAAACUACACAGAUCCCACAAUGGUGCACGGAAUACGUUCGUGCCAAUCACCCCGUGACCUCCAGAAAAGCCGUGGCGUGCACCCAGCCGCGACGUGUAGCUGCGAUGAGCGUGGCACAACGUGUAGCUGAGGAGAUGGAUGUCAUGUUGGGGCAGGAAGUUGGAUAUACUAUCAGGUUUGAGGAUUGUUCGUCACAGAAAACAUGUUUGAAAUAUAUGACGGACGGGAUGUUACUGAGGGAGGCCAUGGCCGAUCCAUUGAUGGAACGAUACGACUUCAUCAUCCUCGACGAAGCGCACGAGAGGACGUUAUCCACCGAUAUUUUGCUGGGGGUGAUCAAGGAAGUUUGCAAACAACGACCCGAUCUUAAGAUUAUAGUGAUGAGCGCAACACUCGACGCUGGAAAGUUCCAACAAUACUUUAACUCCGCCCCCCUCCUCACCAUCCCCGGUCGUACACACCCCGUGGAAAUAUUCUACACCCCGGAACCCGAGCGUGAUUAUCUCGAAGCUUCGAUACGGACGGUGGUUCAAAUACAUCUGUGUGAGGAAGAUGAGGGCGAUAUAUUGUUGUUUCUAACUGGACAGGAGGAAAUCGAUGAAGCGUGUCGACGUAUCAAAAGUGAGAUUGACAACAUGGGGCCUGAGGUUGGGGACCUUAAAGUGAUCCCUUUAUACUCGACGCUCCCCCCCGCCCAACAACAACGGAUAUUCGAGAAAGCUCCUCCAAAGAAGGAGAACGGCGCCAUUGGGAGGAAGCUUGUAGUUUCCACCAACAUCCGCACAUUAACAUCAACCACACAACAGGUGGCACACUUGGAGCGAACCGGACAUUACUUAACCGUGAAAGACAACCAGGUAGUUCAACUUCACCCCUCUACGUGUCUUGACCAUAAACCUGAGUGGGUUCUCUACAACGAGUUCGUUCUCACAACAAAGAAUUAUAUUCGAACAAACACAGAUAUAAAACCAGAUUGGUUGGUUAAGAUCGCCCCCCAAUACUACAACAUGGGGAACUUCCCCCAAUGUGAGGCUAAACGACAACUUGAACGAAUUAUCGCUCGGAUGGGAGCCCAAACAUAAGGGACCCGUGAUGUCAUAACUAUGAUGUCAUCAUGAUGUAACAAACGUUUUGUUGAAAAUAUUUUUAAUUUGCAACAACAAAUAGUGAACAUAGAAAUCAUAAAUGUGAACAUAGAAAUAACAACAACAACUUGAAUAGAAAUAAUAUAUUUGACCCCUCGUUGAACUUUCCUUGGAACUGAGAAGGAAGUGAUGACAUCAUAACCAUCUCUUAUGACAUCAUAAUCAUCUAUUAUCUAAACUUCCUGCUAGUUUAAGUACAUUGAAGUUGGAUUGGUCGGUCACUUGGUGGCGACGUUUCCUCCACUUAAUUCGACGAUUUUGAAACCAAACUUUCACCUGAAGGGGAGGGAGUUAUUAUUAUGACAACAUGAUCAUGGGUUCAUGUACAAAUGGGGGGUCGAUAUUACGUCUGGCAUGAAAACUAAAAGUUAUUUCUGUGUUUUUCACAAAAUUUCAUUUUUUUAUCGAAAGUCACACAAAAAUGUACAUUAUGACAUCACCAACCUGUGUUUCGGAGAGAUUAAGUCGCUUGGCGAGGAAAUAUCUUUCACUUCCAACCAUGUAAUGUUGCCGAGUGAAUUCAUCUUCCAACUUUUCAAGUUGGUCCGAAGUAAAGAUGGUUCGCAUCCUCUUCUUGUCCACUAGGGGGGGUGACGUGUGUGUGACGUCAUUUCCUGGGAAAGUAAUUCGUUUAGAAAAAAUUAAUGUGAAAAAAAUUGCUUAAAAUAAAAUUUGUUGAAAAGCUUA